GCGCGACGUUCGGCCCGGGCAUUUUGCUGCGUCACCAGCCGCCGCCCGGCCUCACCACCCCUCGCUCUCACGCACGCACGUUCUUUCUCCGUCCUCGCGCCCCUUUUCCUACACUUUCCUCUCCUCUGCGACCAAAGAGUCGCUCUCUCUGCGCGGUGCAUUGUGGGGAGCCAGGUCGAGCCCGCCGUCGCCGUCGCCUGAGGGGAGCGAGCAGAGGCCGCGACCAGGGGAGACAACGCCGAGUCGCCACCGGAGAGGAAUCGAUUCCCCAGCAGACGCCGCUAGAGGCCCGCCCACCCGCUCGCCCGUCCCCCUGCCCCGUUCACAAUGCAGCCUGCUUCUGCAAAGUGGUAUGAUCGAAGGGACUAUGUCUUCAUUGAAUUUUGUGUUGAAGACAGUAAAGAUGUUAAUGUAAAUUUUGAAAAAUCCAAACUUACUUUCAGUUGUCUUGGAGGAAGUGAUAAUUUUAAACAUUUAAAUGAAAUUGAUCUUUUCCACUGUAUUGAUCCAAGUGAUUCCAAGCAUAAAAGAACAGACAGAUCAAUUUUAUGUUGUUUACGAAAAGGAGAAUCUGGCCAGUCGUGGCCUAGGUUAACAAAAGAAAGGGCAAAGCUUAAUUGGCUUAGUGUGGACUUCAAUAAUUGGAAAGACUGGGAGGAUGAUUCUGAUGAAGACAUGUCUAAUUUUGAUCGUUUCUCUGAGAUGAUGAACAACAUGGGUGGAGAUGAGGAUGUAGAUUUACCAGAAGUAGAUGGAGCAGAUGAUGAUUCACAAGACAGCGAUGAUGAAAAAAUGCCAGAUCUGGAGUAAGCAAUGUCAUCAACUGAAUUUUGAAAAAGAAAAUAACUUCUCUGCAAGAUUUCAUAAUUGAGAGAAUUCCUGAAUUGAUAGCUCUAAAGGCAGAUACUGCAUUUGCCUCCUUUAACCCGUUUUUCCAACUUUUUAAAUUUUUUUUUUAAAGGCUUCACUAAGGGUUGAUAAUGUACCAUUGUAUGGGGCAAUUUUACGUCACCUGAGGCAUUAUCAUUAUGCAUGAACAUUUCCCAGACUUUCACAAGCUGUUGAGGUCCUAGGCAUUUGGUAACAGCAGUUGUGAUAAAAAAAAUUUUCUUUCAUCUAAGUCUCCUUAAUUUCAUAACAUAGUUACUGACAUGAUAGGAAGUUCUCAGCAUAGGGAAAGGAAACUAAAUUUUAGAUUUUAGACAUGGGCUUAAAGUGGCUGAAACAAAUUGGCUGACACCUUAAACUGAUGAUAACUUGCCAUUCUUCUGGUGUACCUUUCAGGAUUGUUCACUAAAGUUUAUUUUUCAAAAAAUUUACUUCACAUUAUUGUAUGUAAGUGAUCACUUGUCAGUGUUCCAGAUGUAUCUUAGAUAAAAUUAGUGAAUGCCCUUAACUUAGAUGGUUUUUGAAGCCUAUACAUUUGGUAUUGUUUGGCCCUUAAGCUUUUACAUCUCUUAGCAUGGAGGACGAAGAAAACUGUACAUUGUUGCUUGGGAGUCUGUUCAUUUAGACCAGAUUUGUAUUUGCACUGUCAAUAUGGCAAAUGAAUGAAAAGGUGUUAAUACACUAUUGGAUUUUUUAUUUCUGUUUUUGAUUCAGCUUUUACCCUAGCUGAAAAACCUCAAUUUAUGUUCAUGACAGUGGGGAUUUUUUUAAAUGUCUACAUUCUUUCUAAUAAACUGUUGGAAGACUUUUGGCUGUCCUUUUAAGUGUCUGCUUUACUGUGACUUCAUGUAUCUCCCAUUUACUGGAAUGGAGUUUUUAUUUUUUGAAGAAUUGGGGGCUAUUCCUCUGUUUGAAAAAAGGCUUGCUGUAAUGUCACAGGAAACCUUUUAAAAGUGGAUCUGUAAUAGAAAAUUGUAGAUGGACUUUGCAGCAGCUGGAAAGAAAAUGUUGUGAUUUGAUUGAAAUAAAACGAAAUGUGUUGUCCUCCUCUCAAUCUUU